AUUAAAGAGCGCGAGGACACUCACGAUUUUUCUUUUGUGAGCAGACAACGGGGCUCGCCACCAGUGAAUAGAAUGGCUCUCAGAUCUUUUAGAAAUUUAUCAAUUUUACUAUUAAUAUUCUUCCUCUCUUGUCUGAUGGUGAGAGGUGAGAGAGAUUUCGAGCUACUGAAGAGAUCAAAGCAAAAGUUCAUGUUCAAACAUAGCUUCAAGCCACCAAUGAUAGUAAAUGCUAAAGGACAGAUACCAUUCUGGGACCAUGGAGGAGAUGCUUUACCAACCGAUGAGCAAGUAAGGGUGUGUCCGUCGAUCCAGGACAGGAAAGGCUGGGCAUGGAACAAAUACAUGUUUGAGGGCCAGCACUGGACGAUUGAUACUACAUUCAGCAUCGCUGGAAGGAACACUUAUGGAGCUGAUGGAAUGGUGUUUUGGUUUACAACGGAGAGGUAUGUCGAUGGAGGUAACAUGUUUGGAAGCUCACCUGCUUUUCAUGGGAUGGGUAUUGUCAUUGAUACCUUUGACAAUGAUCAACAGGGUGACAGUCCAAAGGUAUCUCUCUAUGUCAGUAAUAAAACACUUGAUUAUAAUCACGGAACUGAUGGGUCUAACCAAGAGCUAAGCUUUUGCUUAAGACAAGUUCGUAACCAGCGAUAUCCAACCAAAAUGAAAGUCUUUUAUGUUAAGAAAACUCUAGAAGUUUGGUUUCAAGAUGCCUCUGACAAUAAGUCUGACCAUUAUAACCUUUGUUUGAGAAAUGAAGGAGUAUAUCUACCUGCCACUGGCUAUUUCGGUAUAUCAGCAGCCACUGGUGGAUUAUCAGAUGAUCAUGAUGUUAUGUCAUUUGUUGUUCACAGUAUUACUAUACAGGAACAGGAAAGGAUGGAGGAAAUUGAUAAAACUCAUGCUGAACGAUUACAACAAUAUGUUAAAUUCUCCGAAGAUUUUGAGGGCAAACGACAAGAUACACUACCCACUAGGACUCAGGAAGAUUGGCAAAUUCGACUUAAUCUCGAGGAAAAUGUUAGAAUGAUUUACGACUUGCAAUCGGGGGCAUCGCGUGACCUUAAAAUACUCAUUUCUAAGGUGAACGAUCUAUCCUUAGUAAGAUCAACCAGCACUGGUGGUGCUGCUAACAUUGGAAUCACUGAUGACAAGAUGACUGCAUUAGAAGGACGAUUGAGCCAUCACAUAAACGAACUAAAGACUCAUAUUACUAGUGGAGGAGGAGGAGGGGGAUUAACUGCUAGUGAACAGCUGCAACCUUUUUAUGAGCUGAGAGAAAGCAUUAAAGACUUGAAGAAAACGAUCGAGACAGCCCAAGAGAACAUUCAACAGGAGAUUCGCUCAAGUCCAUGUCCUGAAGUAGCCCCACAGUCCUGUCUCUCGGCCGGACUGUUCAUUUUCAUUAUUUUGAUACAAUCGGCUACUUUCAUUGCUUUCUUUGUUAUCAAGUACAAUCAGGAGAGUAGGGCUAAGAAAUUCUUCUAGGAGCACAAUGGCAUUGUUAAUUAUUAUUAUUAUUAUUUCCAUUUACUGCUAGUUGUACAUGAUAGUCAUCUCAUUUCAUCCUUGUAAUUAUUAUUAUUAUUAUUAUUAUUAUUAUUAUUAUUAUAUUUGUUAUUUUUGUCUUGAAGAAUUAUUUUCUUUUCUGAGACACAAGCUCCCUGAUGCUUGCUUCUGA